GGGAGCGGCGGGCAGGGCGCCGGUGGAGGGCGGGGGGUACGAACGGGAGCCUCGGCGGUGCUGCCGCGGUGGGGGCUCAGGUGAGGCGGCAGGUUUGUUGGGAAACAGUUGCAGUGUCGGUGAGGAAUUGGCAGCUAAACCGCAAACCUCGGGGGUUUGGUGUUCCCUGAGGAAGAUGCAGAGGGACUCCUGUGUGCCUGUGAGCUGAUCCGGGGUGUGGAAUAACCUCUGCAUGGCCCAGUUUGGAGCAGGCUGAUAAGGCUCCUUGUUUCUUAGCAACCCCAGCUCUGCCACAGCCAGGAACCUGCCCUUCUGCAGCUGCAGGGGAGAAUUCUGAAUGUCUCAAAAUCAAAUCUCCAACCAAGACCUGUGUCUUUCCUGGGCAUGGAGGUGCCAUAUGUCCUUCUCCUAACACGGCUGGUGGCAGAAGUUGCCAGCAAAUCCACGGAAAGUUCGGUUGCAGAAUCAGAAUGCUGUGUGGAUAUGUUGGAUUCCAACAGUUCCUGUCCAGCCACCAACCAGUGCAGCCCAGGUUGUUACAGGAGAUGGAAUGAGGAUGGAAGCAGCAGCUGCAUUAAAUGCAAAAAUGAAACCCUGCCUGUUUCCUCUGUUUACAACCUGACUGAGUGCAGAAAUAGUGGUAGCAGAGGGAUGAAUUUCCAAAUGAACAUAAGCACUGUAACUCCUUUCAUACAGAACAUAGGGGGCCCAGAAGUGGCAGCUUCUCUCAUCUUGGGGACAUUUUUCAUCAGUUUGUUCCUGAUUCUCUCUGUUGCUUCCUUCUUCUACCUCAAACGUGCCAAUAAACUUCCUAACAUUUUCUACAGAAGGAACAAAGCAUCUGUUCUCCAGCCUAGUGAAACAGCAUCCAUGAUACCUCCCCCAGCUUCUUCAGUCCGGAAGCCGCGAUACGUCCGCCGGGAACGGUCCCUGGUCACCUCCACCUCCGCUGCCAUCAUCUCCUCCUCUGACACCAGGGUCAGCAACGUUUAGCCUUCACUCCUGACAGAGGACUGGGAGCGUUCAUGGUAUCAAAGACCCUUUUUCUCUGAACCCACUGAAGUGCCAGGAAAACGUUGCAAGCAGCUGACCCUGAACAGAAACCAAAUUCCCGCGUGCGAGGGUUUGUGCCAAACGUCCUCCCGGGGCUGAAGUGCUGGAGGUGACACCCCCUUCCAGGAACUCCUCUGCAAUGCACUAUUCCAGCUCUGGGGGCUCCUUUCUCUCCUGCAGGUGCUGUGUUUGAAAUCUGUAAAGAAUCUGCCUUUUCUUUGGAA